AUGGUUCAGAAAAACAAGGCUCGACUAGUGGCAAAUGGCUAUUCUCAAAAGCCAGGGAUAGACUUCAAUGAAACGUUUGCAUCUGUUGCUAGGUUGGAUACUAUUAGAACAUUAGUGGCAUUGACUGCACAAAAGGGGUGGAAACUGUUUCAGUUAGAUGUGAAGUCUGCAUUUUUGAAUGGAGUGUUGCAUGAAGAGGUGUAUGUGGAUCAACCUCCUGGCUUUAUGGUUAAGAACAAAGAGGACAGAGUUUAUAGACUCAAGAAGGCAUUAUAUGGACUUAAACAAGCUCCAAGAGCUUGGUAUGAAGAAAUCAAUUCGUACUUCACCAAGGCAGGUUUCCAGAGAAGUCCAAGUGAAGCAACACUAUACGUAAAGGCUGUAGAAAGUGGUAUUCUUAUUGUUUCUUUAUAUGUAGAUGAUAUUAUCUACACUAGAAGCUCAAAAGCCUUGAUGAUGGAGUUCAAAACUGAAAUGAUGAGGCAAUAUGAAAUGACUGAUCUUGGUUUGCUUCACCAUUUCUUAGGGUUAGGAGUCAUACAAACCGAGUCUUACAUUUUCUUGCACCAGAAGAAAUAUGCUAAGACAUUGCUAGACAAAUUUGGCUUCAAGGACUGUAAAGCAGUAGCUACUCCUCUUGCGAUAAAUGAAAAAUUAUCCAAGGAAGAUGGAAGUGAACAAGCUGAUGAAGGGGUCUAUAAGCAGAUUGUUGGAAGUCUGUUGUACUUGACUGCAACAAGGCUAGACAUCAUGUUUGCAGCAAGUCUUUUGGCUAGAUUUAUGCAUGGACCUACUAGAAAACAUAUGGGAACUGCAAAAAGGGUACUGAGGUACAUUCAAGGCACAUUUGAUUAUGGCAUAGUGUAUGAGAAAGGAAAAGAAGCAAGGCUCAUUGGCUACUGUGACAGUGAUUGGUCAGGGAGUGAGGAUGACAUGAGAAGCACCUCUGGAUAUGCUUUUAAUCUUGGAUCAAGUGUGUUGGGCUUCAGUCAAGCAAAGUAG